AUGAAUGAUUUCCCUCAAUGGGUUGCAGGAGAAAUAUGUUUUAGGUUGGAAGAUGAGCUGGAUGGUGACAACCAAUGCAGGACUUUUGAAAAGGCCCGUUGCUCAUCUUACUUUAAAGCUGGCCUGGAUGGCAUUCAAAGGCUUGGAGCCUUCUCCAAAUUCAAGCAUUUGUGGACUUUCCUACCACUUGCACAAUCAUAUUCAUAUAAUGAGCGUGGUUUCUUGAGUGACAAUGUUACUUUUCACAUAAUUCCAAAAUUACAAUAUCUAAGGGUGCUUCCUUUGAAGGGUUACUGCUUAGUAAAUCUACCAGACUCAAUUGGUGACCUAAAGCUUCUAAGGUACCUUGACCUUUCUCACACAAAUAUAAUACGUUUGCCUGAAUCAAUAACUGGUAUUUACUAUUUACAGACAUUGCUGUUAGAAUGCUGCAAUGAUGUAGGUGAAUUGCCCACUGGUAUGAAGAAUCUAACCAACUUGCGUCAUCUCAACAAUUCAAGUCAAUAUAGUUUGAAAGGAAUGCCUCCAGAUCUAGGAAAACUGACCAAUCUCCAAACGUUGCCUAACUUUCUUGUGGGAAAAGACAGCGGCUUCUCAGGAGUUGGAGAGUUAGGAUCAUUAUUGCACCUUCGUGGGACGCUAAGAAUCGCAAGACUAGAGAAUGUGAAUGAAGCAAAGGAUGCAGCAAUGGCCAACUUAGCUGGCAAGAAUGGCAUUGAUGCAUUGCAAUUGGACUGGUAUAAAGGAGAAAUAACUGAUAUAGACGUCCUUGAAAUGUUGCAGCCACCUAGGAUGCUCAAGGAGCUUACUCUGAUAAGGUAUGGCGGUCUGAAAUUUCCAUCUUGGAUGGGAAAUCCUUCAUUGGCUAAUAUGGAACUAAUUAGGCUAGAAGAUUGUAAGGGAUGCAGAUUCUUGCCCCCACUUGGACAAUUGGUCUCACUAAAAGAACUUAUUAUAAAAAGGAUGUCAGGGGUAGAAAGCAUAGGCAGUGUGUUUUAUGGGGAGGGUUGUUUGAAUCCUUUUCCAUUAUUGGAAACCAUUUCCUUUGAGAAUAUGGAGAACUGGAAAGACUGGUUUCCAGUUGAAACUACUAAUGGGAUGGAAGGGUUUCCUAGGCUGAAAGAGCUCGUUGUAAGAAGAUGCUGGUAG